GCGGACGGCGGUGCUGGUGGCGGCGGCGGGGGCGACGGCCGCGGUCCCAGCGGCGGCAGCAGCAGCGGCGGGAGGAGCCUCCGGGAAAUGGAUGAAAAGAGGCUGCUGGAUCCAGGGUUGAAAGUUUGUAAAGGCCUCUGGGAUUACACUCUGAAGAACCAGCAGAUGGAAUGCCUGAGUGACUGAAGAAAAUGGGUGCUAAUGCAUCUAACUAUCCUCAUUCAUGUUCCCCGAGGGUAGGGGGAAAUCCUCAAGCCCAACAGACUUUUAUAGGGACAUCAUCCUAUUCUCAGCAAGGCUAUGGUUGUGAAUCGAAAUUAUAUAGCCUUGACCAUGGCCAUGAGAAACCACAAGACAAAAAAAAGAGAACCUCUGGCCUUGCCACCCUCAAAAAGAAGUUUAUUAAGCGUCGAAAAUCUAAUAGGUCUGCCGAUCAUGCCAAGCAGAUGCGAGAACUCCUCUCUGGGUGGGAUGUUAGAGAUGUUAAUGCUUUAGUGGAGGAAUAUGAGGGAACUUCAGCCUUAAAGGAGCUUUCUCUACAAGCCAGUUUGGCUAGACCAGAAGCUCGGACAUUACAGAAAGAUAUGGCCGAUCUUUAUGAGUACAAGUAUUGUACUGAUGUAGACUUAAUAUUUCAAGAAACUUGUUUUCCUGUUCAUCGUGCCAUUUUGGCAGCAAGGUGUCCAUUUUUUAAAACGCUGCUUUCUUCUUCACCAGAGUAUGGGGCAGAGAUCAUUAUGGACAUCAGUACGGCUGGUAUAGAUAUGCCCAUGUUUUCUGCUUUGCUACACUACCUUUAUACAGGAGAGUUUGGAAUGGAGGACUCAAGGUUUCAAAAUGUUGAUAUUCUCGUCCAGCUUAGUGAAGAAUUUGGAACACCAAAUUCCCUUGAUGUAGAUAUGCGUGGACUUUUUGAUUACAUGUGUUAUUAUGAUGUCGUCCUUAGUUUUUCUUCAGACUCUGAACUGGUUGAAGCUUUUGGUGGAAAUCAGAACUGUUUAGAUGAAGAGCUCAAAGCUCACAAGGCUAUUAUUUCAGCACGGUCCCCGUUUUUUCGGAAUUUAUUACAAAGGAGGAUACGGACUGGUGAAGAAAUCACAGACCGAACUUUGAGGACUCCCACAAGAAUUAUAUUAGACGAGUCCAUUAUACCCAAAAAGUAUGCGAAAGUUAUAUUACACUGUAUGUAUACUGAUGUGGUGGACCUCUCCGGUUUGCACUGUAGCCCCUCUGUGGGGAGUCUCAGUGAAGUUCAGGCUCUCGUCGCAGGGAAGCCAAACAUGACCAGGGCAGAAGAAGCCAUGGAACUUUACCACAUAGCACUGUUCUUGGAAUUUAACAUGCUUGCACAAGUCCAAGCCAGGCAGAUAAAAGAUUAAAAAAACUGGAGCUCUGGCACAAAAACAGACACUCAGAUCAAUGGAACAGAAUAGAGAACCCAGAAACGGACCCACAAACGUAUGGCCAAUGAAUCUUUGACAAAGCAGGAAAGAAUAUCCAAUGGAAUAAAGACAGUCUCUUCAGCAAGUGGUGCUGGGACAACUGGACAGCGACAUGCAGAAGAAUGAACCUGGACCACUUUCUUACCCCAUACACAAAAAUAAACUCAAAGUGGAUGAAAGACCUAAAUGUAAGACAGGAAGCCAUCAAAAUCCUUGAGAAAGCAGGCAAAAACCUCUUUGAUCUUGGCCACAGCAACUUCUUACUCAACACAUCUCCGGAGGCAAGGGAAACAAAAGCAAAAAUGAACUACUGGGACCUCAUCAAAAUAAAAAUCUUCUGCACAGCGAAGGAAACAAUCAGAAAAACUAAAAGGCAACCGACAGAGUGGGAGAAGAUAUUUGCAAACGACAUAUCAGAUAAAAGGUUAGUAUCCAAAAUCUAUAAAGAACUUAUCAAAAAACAAAGAGUCCAGUGAAGAAAUGGGCAAAAGACAUGAAUAGACACUUCUCCAAGGAAGACAUCCAGAUGGCCAACUGACACAUGAAAAAAUGCUCAACAUCACUCAUCAUCAGGGAAAUACAAAUCAAAACCAUACUGAGAUACCACCUCACACCUGUCAGAAUGGCUAAAAUUAGCAACUUCGGCAACAACAGAUGUUGGUGAGGAUGUGGAGAAAGAGGAUCUCUCUUGCACUGCUGGUGGGAGUGCAAACUGGUGCAGCCACUCUGGAAAACAGUAUGGAGGCUCCUCAAAAAAUUGAAAAUAGAACUACCCUAUGCCCCAGCAAUUACACUACUAGGUAUUUAUCCAGGGGAUACAGGUGUGCUGUUUCAAAGAGACCCAUGCACCCCAAUGUUUAUAGCGGUACUAUCAACAAUAGCCAAAGUAUGGAAAGAACCCAAACGUCCAUGGAUGGAUGAAUGGAUAAAGAAGAUGUGGUAUACACACACACACACACACACACACACACACACACACACACAAUGGAGUAUUACUCAGCAAUCAAAAAGAAUGAAAUCUUGACAUUUGCAACUACGUGGAUGGAACUGGAGGGUAUUAUGCUAAGUGAAAUUAGAGAAAGACAAAAAUCAUAUGAGAACUUUAAGAGACAAAACAGAUGAACAUAAGGGAAGGCAAGCAAAAAUAAUAUAAAAACGGGGAGGGGGACAAAAACAAAAGAGACUCUUAAGUAUGGAGAACAAACAGGGUUACUGGAAGGGUUGUGGGAGGGGGAAUGGGCUAAAUGGGUAAGGGGUAUUAAGGAAUCUACUGAAAUCAUCGUUGCACUAUAUGCUAACUAACUUGGAUGUAAAUUUAAAAAACAAAAAUUAAAAAAUAAAAAUAAAAUAAAAACAAAAACCACAAAAAAAAAAAAAAACAACAAACAAACAAACCCUGGAGCUCUAGAAAUAGUGAACAGCCCAAGAGCAUAUAGACUGGUGUGGGGACUGAUGCGGGGGAGUGCCAUGAUGAAGUUAUGCUCAGGAAUUACAUGGUGAAAAAACCAGUUUGCCUUCCAGUUCUGCAAAGAAAAAUAAGUCAGCAAGCCUGCUUUUGCAACAGAGUUUCCACACAGCUCUUUAGUGCUUCAUUCUUAAAUAUGAAAACCCAUCUAAAGUUGAGGAAAACUUCCAAAUUGACACACAGAUGAGAACGAAGUAUUAGAAGAAACCGUUGAAGAAAGCAGAAGAAAACUUCAACAGAAGCAAAAUGCCCUUAUAUAGGGGUCCCUGGGUGGCUCAGUCAGUUAAGCGUCCAACUUUUGAUCUCAGCUAGGUCUUAAUCUCAGGAUCAGGAGUUCAAGCCCUGCAUUGGGCUCUGUGCUGGGCGUGAAGCCUAUUUUUAAAAAAAAGGGAAAAAGCCCUUUUAUAAAAGCGUUCUGUUGAAUCAAUGAGACAUAAAUAGGAUUCUGUAAGAGUAAAGACAGCAGCUGUUGGAAAUAAGGUAGCAGAAAUGAAAAACACAUAAAAAGAUUGAAAGGUAAAAUUGAAGAAAUCUAGAAAGUAGAACAACAAAGAUGGACAAAUAGAACUAUAGUAUUGGUCCAGGUGUAACAAUUUAACAAGCAGUGGUUUUAGAAACAUACGAGAGAAAAUGGAAGAGAAGCCAGUGGUAAUAUAAGAAAUACUGCUAAAGCUAAAGGAAUUUCUGUAUUAAAAAGUUUUAUCCCUUUCUCUAGGGAACUCUAGAGAAAAAGAGAAGAUUCUACAGUGUUGCAGAGAGAGAAAAAUUAGGUUCCAUACAAAGAAAUAGGACUCUGAAUACUGUUGAACUUUUCAAUAGCGGCAGCUGAAUGCUGCAAUCCAGUGGCAUAGUGCCUUUAAAAAGCUGAUGGAAAAUUAUUUUCUACACAAAAUUCUAUAUUUAGCCAAACUGUCAAUCAAGUGAAAGGCUAGAUGAAGGCAUUUUUUUCAGUCUUGCUUCAGAAAAUUUUUCUCCCCUGCAACCCUACUGAGGGAAGUUAUUAAGGAUGCGUUCCACUAAAUCAUGAAGUGAACCAAGAACAAGUGUGGGACUCAGAAAAUGGGGUCAAACACAGGAAAUAAGAAAGGGAAAUCCUAAGUACUAGCUGUAUAGUAAGUCUAGUGGGCAUCAAGUCUAGACUGGACUAGGAGGGUGAAAGUCUCCAAGAACAUUAAAUGACAAGUGGCAUUAAAAGAUUUCAUGGGGGCAGGGGGGGAUUCCUGGGUGGCUGUCGGUUAAGCAUCCGACUCCUGAUUUCAGGUCAGGUCAUGAUCUCGUGGUUUGUGUGAUCAAGCCCCACAUCAGGCUCUGAGCUGACAGCACAGAGCCUGCUUGGGAUUCUCUCUCCUUCCUUCUCUGCCCCUCCUCAACUCAUGCAUGAGGGUGUUCUCUCUCUCUCUCUCUCUCUCUCUCUCUCUCUCUCUCUCUCAAAAUAAAUCUUAAAAAAUUUUCAUGGACCUUUUGGUGCUUUUAUGAAGAAUUAACAAUAGGUUUAUAGAAAAUGAAGCAAGUGGGAAAAGUAGAAAAUAAUACCUCCAAGAAAAAUUUAAAAUUGCAUAUGGAAGAAAAUAUAAUUCUAGUUGCACAGCUUGGCUCAGCAGUAAGCAGUAUUUAAAUAGUCCUAAUAUUAACACUGAAUAUUGAUUUAAUAAAAAUUAUAACAUAGAGGUAAAUAUCAGAAGAAACAACUUAAGAAUUGACAGUAGUUAGUUGCCUCUGACUGGGAGUAGAAAAGAGAUAGGGUGGGGGGGUUGUUUUUAGAGGAAGCUUUUUAUUACCACUAGCUACAAGACUUUUUAAAUUAUGAGCAUAUGCUGCUUUGAUUACAAAAUUAAUUUUUUUAUGAUAUGACAUCAGUGCUCAAAAGAACCAGAGAGACCUAGAUAGGAUAGGCCAUAAUCCUAAGGAACUGGGGGAUUUGUCAUACAAAUCAGUAAUGUUAACUAAAAAGAUUGUGCUUAUCAUUUUAGGUUACAGAGGGUUUUUACUUUCUCUCACUUGGUUGUCCUGACAACCUGUCAGUAUGGUGGGGCUUAGAGUUGAAUAACUAGCCUUUUCUCCAGCUUGUCAGUGAUAAGGUUGUGACUCAUACCAGCUCUUCUGACCCUAAGCCCAGAAACCAGUUUCCAGGGAUGAAAGUGGGAGGCCACUGUAGGCCUGUUUGUAGGAACGAAAUAGCAGACUAGUGAUUGAAGCAUCAACUCAGAGGAGUCUCAGCCAUGAACCUGAUUUGUGCUGAACCUCUUGGGUAAAUGAGGGGAAAUGUGGGCCCAGCUAGGAGGUUUAAAAACUGAGCAGGGACCUGGGUAGGUCACCACUCAGACUUUGCUUCAGAGCCCUUAGCUAAAGAACAGAGGGCUUUGUACUGAGUAGGCUGCUCUUUCCUGAAUAGAUUAAUGUUUCUGUACCAAUUAUUUGACUUUUGGCUGCCAGCAUAAAGACCUUCUUCCUAGUUUUGAGAAAUUCCUCAUUAUACAGGUCUUGAUAGAAGGCAGAGCACACCUCCCAGUGUAAAAACCUAAAAGGUUAAAUGCUUGCUUUCUCAGCCUUCUCACUGGUUAAUGUUUAAGCACAUUACCUGGGCUUUUUGAAUCAGGAGCUCAUUAGCACAAAGAAGCAAGGACUAUAGAAGGGUGCCUGGCUGGCUCAGUUGGUAGAGCAUGCAAUGUCUUGAUGUCAGGGUUGUGAGUUCGAGCCCCUCACUGGGUGUAGAGAUGACUUUAAUUAAUUAAUUUAAUUAGUGGCACCUGCGUGGCUCAGUCAGACAUGAUUUUGGCUAAAGUCAUGAUUUCAGGGUCAUGAUCUCAGGAUCUUAGGUAUGGAGGCUGCUUAAGAUUCUCUCUCUCCCUCUCUCUUUGUCCCUCCCCCAUUCACACAUGCGUAUACUCUUUCUCUCUCUCUCAAAUAAAAUUAAAUACAUUUAAAAACAUUAUUUAAAGGCAAGGGCUAUAGAGAAUUCUUUCUUUAAGCAGGGUGAGAGCCGCAACAUCCAGUGGAAAAGAGAGAGGUCAGUGGCAGUGAUGCCGAUGAUGGCAUCCACUGUCUCUACACAGAGCAGGAGCUGUAGUGGCCUGGGGCCCAGAGCGACACGGGCUACUCACUGGGCUCUUUCCCUGAUGUAGUCCUCAGUGCACAGCCUUUGUUCUUGUUUGUUUUCCGUGUCUGGUCUUCAACUUUCCCAGAAACUAUGGGCUAAAGUAUCCUUUCAAAUAAAGUCCUUUUCUGUUGAAGCCAACUAGAGUUGUUUUCUGUGGUUAUAGCUUGGAAGCCUGGUUGAUAACAGUACAUAUAUUAAAAAGACCAGUGUAUAAAAUUCCAAAAUAGGUGGCUAGAUUAGAAGAGCCUCAAAAAAAGGACCAGGUGUUCGAUCACUGCUUUCACAAUGAUUUUAGCAUGCACUGUGUAAACACCUCUGAAAACAUGAGCACCUUAGUGAGAAUAUAUUGAUUUAUAAUUUUCUGAAAAAAAAUUAGAAAAUCCACUCUUUAGAGGAACUAUAGGUUUUCUCAUGAAUUUUAACAACCCAUGGCCUAUCAUAAGAAGGGAGUAUAUGAUGUUUCCUUAUUAUAAAGACUCUUGACCUCAGAACAAAAUAGCCCAGAUUAUCACCAACAUGUACAUGCAUGCAUAUUCCAGCUCAGGAUAUUUUACAGUAGUGUACUUUCAAUUGCAGAUUUUAUUUUUUUAGCUUGAUCAAAACUGUAUUUUUCAGUCUUUGGAAUAUGAAAUUUACUUAUACAACUCCAAAGUGGACCCUGUAAUGCAUUGCCCAUAUUUUUAGUUACAAUGUAUGUGAUUAUAUUUUUUUUGAAUUAGAAAUCUAACAGAGAAACAACUGAAAGCAAUGACCUAAUUUUUCCCUUAGCAACUUGGUCAGAUUUCAAGAGUGUGUGACUUGAAACAAAUGCAAAGCAGUAAAGACUGUCUCCAUUCACUGAGCCAUUCCUCCCUCUUCCUGUCCUCUCCAUUGUCCCCAUGUUAACACUCUUCUUGUGUCUCAGUUCAAUUGAACUGGCAGUUCAUUUUACUUCUGUCUAUAAUUAUUUCCUCUUCAGCAAGUUAGUCUGAAUCUACUUCCUAGAGAAUAAUGGAGCUAAGUUAAAGACCAUUAUCAACAGAUCAGAAUAGUAAAUGGAGAUUUCAGUUAACUAUGCAAUAUAGAUGAAGAAUUAAUCUGUUUCAGGAAUGGCAGUUCAGGUGACUCUCAAGUUCUGUAUCUGUAAUCAUAAGGACACUUAGCACUUAAAUUCUUUACUCAAAAUUAUGAGUAGAGUUCUAAAGCAUAAUAUUUUAUUGCAUUUUUUUAUUUUAAAACUUAAACCAUUUUUCAUGUAGACUACAAACUCUCCACCUCUGCCCCUCUGCUCACACUUUGUCUUAGAAUACCUUUGCCUUUGACCACUAAAUGUCCACGUUCUACCCCACUCUUUAAGACCAAAUUCACAUGCUACUUCCUUUGUUUCCUCUCAGGCAUUCCAAAUUAAAAGUAUUUUCUACCUCCUGCAAACUUCCAAAACACUUUCUUUAUGUUUCUUUUAGGUUUUUACAUCUUCUAACUUAUUUUGGAAUUGUCUUUGUACAUGUGUCAUUUCCUCUAUCAACUAGUGUAUUAUAUACCCCCUAAAGACAGGGGCAAAAUCUUAGUCCUCUUGAAUCACCCAAAGAACCUAGCACAAUGCUUUUUUGCUGUUAGUGGACUCUGAGUUACAUAUUUUGAAUUAUCUUUUUUUUUUUAAGUUUAUUUAUUUAUUUUGAGAGAGAGCGUGCGUGCAUGCACACAUGUAGGGAAGGGGCAGAGAAAGAGGGAGAGAGGGUCUCAGGCAGGCUUGGCAAUGUCAUCCCAGAGCCUGGUGUGGGGCUCAGACUCACAAACCAUGAGAUCGUUACCUGUGCCAAAGUCGGAUGCUCAACCCACUGAGCCACUCAGGUGUGCCAAAUUAUCUUUAAUACCUAUGAAAAGUGAGUAACUUUUUAAAAGGGGGGGGAGGGUAUGUAAUAAAUGUUUGACUGUAGAAGUUACAAAUAAAAUUAAAACACUCUAGGAGAUAAAUAUGAAGCAGUAUUUAUUUUUAUUUUUUAAGUUUAUUUAUUUUGAAGAGAGUGAGUGAGGAGGGGAAGGGCAGAGAGAGAGGGAGAGAGAGGAUCCCGAGCAGGCUCCGCACUGCCACAGCCCUACAUGGAGCUCAAACUCAUGAACCGUGAGAUCGUGACCUGAGCUGAAAUCAACAGUCAGAUGCUUAACCAGCUGAGCCACAGGUGCCCUUGAAGCAUUAUUUUUAAAAUUAAGUUUUGAGUUGGUCUAAAUACUGUAUAAUUCUGUACCAUUAAACUCAGUUUUAAGUUAAAUUUCAAAUAAAGUUGUCUUAUCAACUUUUUAUUUUGUUGUCCACUGUUAUGUAAAUAAGAUGUCAGUUGAAUUUAAAAUAUUCUUGGAGGGCUCCUGGGUGGCUCAGUCAGUCAGGUAAGCGUCCAGCUUCAGCUCAAGCCAUGAUCUCACUGUUCAUGAGUUCAAGCCCUACAUUGGGCGCUCUGUUCUGACAGCUCAGCCUGGAGCCUGCUUUGAAUUCUGUCUGUCUGUCUGUCUGUCUCUCUCUCUCUCUCUCUCUCUGCCCCUCCCCCACUCAUACUCGGUCUCUCUCUCAAAAAUAAACAAACAUUAAAAAUUUUUGGUUUUAAUAUUCUUGGAAGCCAUUCAAGGCUAUUAAUCUUUUGAAGCCAGAAAAUUUAAUCUGAGGACAGUUAGAAGCCUUUUCUCAACAAUAAGCAAAACUUUUCUAUGCAUACUAAAAUCCCAAGGAUGCCACAGUCAAGGGAAACGGUGAAACAGAGGAAGACUUGCUUGUUUUGGUUUGGUUUGUUUUUCUUCCCCAACACAAAUUUUUUUAUUAUAGUCAAGAUCUGAGAGAUUUAAUUUGAACUUUACAGACAUUAAUAUAAUCAGACAAAAGAUGAAAUGCUGUACUCAGGUCAUUAUGGAUAUGAAUACAAAACUUUGAACAACAUGGGGACAAGGAAGAACUGCGCAUUUAUUAUUUAAAGCGUAUAUUGAACUCUAGACACCACGAAAAUAGCGGAAAGCAUCUGCAAUGAUGCCACCCAGUACAGUGUAUUCUGAAGUAGAGACUUGAUUUCAAGUUAGCAUUUUUUGAACAACGUUGCUAUGCAAGGUGCAAUACCAACGAGAAGAGAUUUAAAAGGAGCCGUGUUUGAAUGUCACUAUGUACCUAGUGUCACGAUGGGCACUUAUAUCUUUUCGUCUUCACAGCAAUCCUGUGAAGCUCAGAGAAUGGGUCUCUCAUUUGCUCGGGUUCAGAGAUAAAUAACAGUACCCAAAUUAAAUGGUAUUUUAUAAAUAUGAAGUCUGGGGUUAGAUCUGUGCUCCAGUCCUGGCUCUGUCAUAUGCUAACCAUAUAAAUUCUUCCCGGUUCCUCAACUUGAGCUUGUCUCUUUCUCUCCAUUGAAGUGUGGGCAUCAAGCACUAUGCCUGACAGUUGGGAGGGUCUUAACAAAUGUUUUUAAAACUGACUUACAUUAACUCUUUGGUAGAUAAUUUCUAAAGAUAGAGUUGAGUUGUUUUCCUUAUGCAUCAUUCGACAGCGUGGUCCCAAGCUUCCAAAGUCUAAAAAAAAUUUACCAGAUUCAGACUUUUUUUCAACACUGAUACAUAGGGUUACAAUUGUAGGGAACAUUCAACAUUAGAUGGCAAAACAAGGCCAUAAAAAAAUGGUCCACAGAGCUUUCCCAUGGUGGUAGACUGCUUGGUGUAAGCUACCACUCACGGAAGCACUGAGAGAAGUGGCCUUUUCUGGAAGCCCCAACUUAUUUUUAUUUUUCUGAUUCUGCAGUAGUCAAAUUUUGGCCACUCCUCUUCUGUUGCCAAGGAAUACAAAAAUGUAAUGCAACCCAAGAUGCAGGUUGUUUGGGGGAAGACAUCAGUGAUUGAGGAAAGAAAAUGAUAGAAGGAAGAACCUCAGCAUCGUACAAAUAUCCUGGCUUUUCAAAUUCAGUAUUGAGGUACAGAGUUGAAGCUUCUGCCUUAAAAACAAAUAUUAUACUUACCUCCUCAAAUAUCUAGAGUAGAAGGACUUUGACCAGACACAGGCGUUUUAGAAAUGGUGGGAAGAAACUAUUCCAAGAAUUAAGAUGGAUUAGUAAUGACAUUAUUUAGCUAUUACUGUGUGGAAUACCUCACUUAAUCUUUAUGGUAACCUGUAUGGUAGCUACCGUCGUUGUUCCCAUUGUAGAGAUGCAGGAACAAAUGGCGUUGUUUCCUCCCCAAGGCCACUUCUGCUGAUCAAAUCUGCUUUAUAGAUACAUGAAUGUGUGUUUCUAUUUCACGUGCAUAUCUUGUUCUGUAGUGUAAAUAAAUAGUAGCACAACAUACAUAUUAUUGUCUGGCCUUUUUCACACUUAAGCUUUGGAAAAACGGUGUCAAUACAUGUAGAGUCACUUUAUGUUAAUGUAUUUUUUUUGUUUCUAAAAUAUAAGAAUUGGGGCACCUGGAUGGCUCAGUCGGUUGAGUGUCCAACUCUUGAUUUCGGCUCAGGUCAUCUCAGUUUGUGGGAUUGAGCCCUGCAUAGGACUCUGUACUUACAGAGCCUGCUUGGGAUUCUCUCCCUUUCUCUCAAAUAAAUAAUUAAAAAAAAAAAAAAAAAAAAAAGAUUCACUCUCUCCCUCAGCCAUGCACACACGCAUGCUUUCUCUCAAAAAAAUUAAAAAAUAUAUAUAUGUGAUGUACUGACGUUUGGAUAUUUAGAUAAUACAAAUAAUACAAAAAGUGUUUAAGAACCGUUCAGUCUCACUUCCCAGUGAAAAACACUGCUAACAAAUAGCGCCUUUUUAUAAAUAUCUUGUAAAGACUGAAUCUUAGUUUGGAGUAUGUAUAACUGACCAGAAAGUUCUUGCCUCCAACUAUUUUUUCAUAUAUUUAGAUGAAACAAAAUACCAGUUUCUAUUACAAGUUAACAUGGGGUGGCCGCACUAUGUCUCCACGAAGGGAAUGACUUUGAUUUAUAGAAAGACUUUGAGCUCAGCAUAAGAGACUCUUAAAAACUGAGAACAAACUGAGGGUUGAUGGGGGGUGGGAGGGAGGGGAGGGUGGGUGAUGGGUAUUGAGGAGGGCACCUUUUGGGAUGAGCACUGGGUGUUGUAUGGAAACCAAUUUGACAAUAAACUUCAUAUAUUGGAAAAAAAAAAAAAGAAAGACUUUGAGCUCUGUUUUGGUUAUCUUUGCUAUAACAUUUUCGUAUACCUCACAUGUAGCAUUGAUACAUCUGUAAAACUUCUGAUACGUGCUUUACAUAUCAUGGCAUUUGAAAGUGAAAUAUCCACACAUCAAAAAGUUGUGCCAAAACCCCCAAAACACAGUUUGCACACCUAUGCAUCUUUGUUUCUAACCAUAUUCCUCUUCAAUCAUAAUAGAGUUAGGCCUUUUCCAGAAUGGGUUGGUUUUAAUACCGUUUCCACUGUCAGUGUGUUUCUUCCUGAUGGAAGCUUACAUUAAAGAACAAUACUGAAUUUUGAUACUGAUUCACUAAAAUACUUCUAGAAGAUCCAUAGGUAUCACAUUGGUUCUCUAAACCUGUUGAUGUCUGAGCUGUAUCUAAUUAUGAGAGGUUCAGAAAUUUUUCUAAACUAAACUGAGAUUAAAUAGUUUUUGUUAUUCUAGUGCCUCAUCUUAACUUCUAGAUUGAUAGUUUUUGUUUAUAAGUGUAAGCAGUAAAUAAAAAUAUAAAGUAUCUAAAGUCUUCAGUGUCGUGAGCCCUACUUCUAAACUACAUUUUGAUGUCAGAUUUUUAGAGAUACUAAGUUAAAUAGAAGUGGAUGCAUACAAUGUUGUAAAUCUGAUCAUUGUAAUAUGUCUGUAAUCCUGAGAGAAUAGCAGCAGCCUGAGUCUGCAGCAGAUGUAGAUGAAAAUGGUACAUUAUGGAGGAGAAGGAAGAAAAUAACCUGUCAAUUCAAACAGACCUUGGUAUAGAA